AUGGAGCUCUUCCUGAAGGAAGAUGUCUACCAGAGCGAUCCAUGGAGAAAGAUGUUGGAGCAGUAUAAAGAUGAAGGCUGUCGGGUAUAUGGAAAGCUUCAGGUUGCAAAAGUUGCAGGAAACUUCCACCUUGCACCAGGAGAUCCUCAUCGUAUAAUGCGAGCACAUGUGCACGAUUUCCAUGACGUCGAUUUGAAGAAUUUCGACACUGCCCAUGUGAUAAAUCACUUGUCAUUUGGAAAUGAGUUUCCAGGGAAGAAGCAUCCUUUAGAUGGAAAAGAUACUACUAGUGAUAGAGGUGCUAUUAUGCAUAAUUACUACGUGAAAGUUGUGCCAACAAGCUAUGUACGCAUGGAUGGUCGUGUGGAAAGUAGCCAUCAGUUCUCAGUAACAACUCAUCAAAAGGAUAGAUCGAAAGGUGUGAGUGGGAUUCCGGGUUUUGUCGUGCAGUAUGAAUUCAGUCCACUUAUGGUGCGGUACGAAGAAAGGCGGCAACAUUUGAUUACGUUUCUGGUCUCGCUAUGUGCUAUUAUUGGAGGCGUAUUCACUGUCGCUCAGAUGCUCGACUCUAUGAUUUAUCACUCAUCUCGAGUCAUUGAAAGGAAACUUAUCCUGAAUAAGCUUGGUUAA